AUGGCAGUGCCGGGCCCCGGGGAGCGGUGGACUGAAGCAUUAAUUGAUGAGCUCAGAAGAAAUCCCUACACAUUGGAGGAGAUGAGGGAGGAUUUCGACUGCUGUUGCUGUAGUGACUGUCUGAGGAUGAAGGAGGAUGUGUGUGACUGUGGGAGGAGUCAACCAGUCUCUGGAGAAGGAAGCAUGACCUACACAAAAGAACAACUGCUUGGGGUGCAAAGAAUAAAGAGGUGUAAGAAUUAUUAUGAAAUUCUAGGCGUUGAGAGUGAUGCCACUGAUGAGGAACUGAAGAAAGCGUACCGAAAACUAGCCCUUAAGUUUCACCCUGACAAAAAUUGUGCUCCAGGAGCGACGGAAGCAUUUAAAGCGAUAGGCACCGCUUUUGCGGUUCUGAGCAACCCUGAGAAAAGAUUACAGUACGACCGGUUUGGAGAUGAACAAGAACCUGUGUAUAGCAACCAGCCCAAGCACUACAACUAUUACAGGGAGUUUGAAGCAGACAUCACUCCAGAAGAAAUAUUCAAUAUGUUCUUUGGAGGCCACUUUCCAACAGGAAAUGUACACAUGUUUUCAAAUAUAUCAGCAGAUCCUCCCUGUUAUCCGUCUCGGACCAGAAACGAACGGACUUGGACGCAGGAGGAAGAGGAGGAGGAAACCCGGCCACAGAACACCUAUUCAACAUUCAUUCAGUUACUGCCAAUAUUUAUUAUAAUAAUUGUGUCAGUAGUAACUCAGCUGAUGGCUACUAAUCCACCCUACAGUCUUUUCUUCAAAUCGACUCUAGGACACACUAUUGUUAGAGAAACGCAGAACCUGCAGGUGCCUUACUAUGUUGACAAAAACUUUGAAAAUAACUAUAAAGGUGAAGAGCUUGAAGAACUUGAAAAAGAGAUUGAAAAAGAAUAUAUUGAGUAUGUUCAGAUAAACUGCAGGAAGGAAAAACAGCAAAAAUCAGAGUUGUCUAAUCUGGCAAAGUUAUACCGAGAUGAGCGACUGAAACAGAAGGCGGAAUCCCUACAACUUGAGAACUGUGAAAAGCUCUCCAAUAUCAUAGGACUACAAAGGAGUCGCUGA